GUCAGUCCUCUCCCCUCCCUGCUAUCCCUACACCAGCGGGCAGGAAGGAAAGCCUCCCCCGGGCCUGGCACGACCAUUCCCUGCGACGCGGAAAGGGACGGGGGGGGGUCAGCCAUCUGCCCCGGGGCACUUUUCCUUUCGAGGGCAAGGCACGCUCAGAAAAAAAAAAUUCGUGUGGGCGGGAUUCGACCCCUGGGCGGAAGCGGCGGCGGAUGCCAGCCCGAGCGGUGCUGCUGCGCGGAGCGACCGGAUUGCGCUCAGCAGUCUUUUUCGCAGAAGCCUCGUAGCUCGGAGCCGGCUUACUCGGCGGUGAAUCGCCCUGGCUGGAAUGGGACUUUGACACAGAACUGCCGCUGUAAUAACCCGCCCUCUCUACAGGGAAAUACACCAUAAAUAAAAAUGAAAUCUAUAACCCAAUGCUGUUUGUUGGCUGGAUGCAUCUGCCUUGCUGUUCUGUGUGGAACUGCUACAUAUGCAUUGACCUCCAGCGAUCACCCUCAUAAGUGGGAAAAGUUAUACUUGGUUCUUGAAUGGCCAGUGACUAUAUGUAAGAUGAGUGAAAAUGAUUGCAGGGAUCCACUAAUGUACUGGACAAUCCAUGGACUCUGGCCAGAUAAAGCAGAUGAGUGUAAUAGAACUUGGCACUUCAAUAUAUCUGAGAUCAAGGAUAUCUUAGGAGACAUGGAACAUUACUGGCCAGAUGUGUUACAUCCAAAUCGCACCAAAUUCUGGAAGCAUGAAUGGGAAAAACACGGAACUUGUGCAGCCGUGCUGGAAUCUCUUAAUUCUCAGAAAAAGUACUUCAGUAAAGCCCUGGAACUAUAUAAAGAAAUUGAUCUUAACAGUUAUCUUGUGAAACUGAGGAUAAAGCCAGGAGGUACAUACCAGAUGGCAGCCAUCAGAGAAGCUCUUACAAGUGUUUACCAAGUAACACCAAAAAUUCAGUGUCUUCCUCCAGAUGAGGGACAACUGCAGGUGAUUGGCCAGAUUAAAUUCUGCCUUACCAAGGAGUUUGCCUUGAUCAACUGUACAGAGUCAAAGUCUGGUUCCUCUUUUGCCCAUGAAAACAAUCUCUUCAAAACGGAAGACCUGUCAAAGUGCAGUGAUACCCUGACAGAUUAUCCUUCGCAUCUGCGUACUUGGGAGCACUUCUUGGCCAAUACAGUCGACAUUCAGUGAAACAUGCACUAUUGUCCAAAGGAAGAAUAGCCAUUUUUGCCCAAAAAGAAUAAUGCGAAAUGUCAUUUGAAACAUUUAAGCCCUUCAUGCUUUGGAUACUGAAGCAGACUUGACAGCUCUGUAGAUGGUGAAGAUUCAUUUCUGUAGAAAAACUCAUUUUUACUUCUGCUACGAAGUACCAUUAUUUUUGUGUGUUGAAAGUUAAAUUCAUUUCAGAAUUUUGUUUCAUUGAACAUAUAUCAGUGAACAUUCUAAUUACUGAUUAGUGGUCACAGAUUUUUAGGUAGUAGCUUUUGUGUAUGUGUCAGAAAGGGCAUGGAACAUUUUUCCCCACAGAACUUGAUCAUUAGUAAAUUUCAAGUAGUACAGGUAAAAAUUGCAGGUGCAAUACAUACUCCUGCUUCCUUCAAGGAAAAUGUGUUUCUCAAGAACUGCAUCUCUGAAUUGUACCUUUGGAGAUACCUAGUGAACCAGUACCUCAGUGAAUGGCCAGUAAGUUCAUUAAUGCAAUAAAUUUCAUACGAGAGCCAGUGAAUACAUUAGCUUCCUAGUAAUGAUCAUAGUUUUUUUUAAAAAAAGCAGUAACAGACCUCUUACUUUCUCCAGAGUAGUAUCAGUGAAUUUGUCAGAGUUGCUCUAGAAUAAGCAAGUUGCUGCAGCCUGUAAUUCUUAUACUAGAAGAAGAAGAAGAAAAAAUACUAUUGAUUUUGAUCCUACUUUCUUUUGGAUUGAACCAUUUGUGGAUUCUUUCUUUUCUGCGAUAUUUGUUAAUCCUUCAGAUGUUUGGUGAUUUCUGGAUGCCCAUUCUGUUUUAUCUUGAUUUGAUUUUUCAAUUCUAGGUCUUCUAUUCCAUACUUAAUGUUCUGUGGAAGCAAUUUGCAAUAUUGUACCAUACAGCUACCAUCCCUCUAUUUUGGGUGAUUAUUUUGAGCUUAGUUAUUGAGUUGUAUUUAGCUUGCUGACCUACUGUUUGGCCCUAAUAAGAGAAAUACAGAUAUUGCUCUUAAACAAUGAGCAUCCCAACUCUUGUUAUUUAUGCUAGAUUUUAAAAGGUUCUGCACUGCCAAUAUAAAUCGCAAAUGGCACAUAUUUUGCAAAGCAAAUCUUGAAUCAUAAAGCCUUUUCCUCUGUUUUUGAAAUAUGGCUUAAAUAUGUAUGUUUUAAAGUCAGCAGAAUUUCAUCUAUGGAGGUUAAUGUUUAUCAGCAAAACUAGUUGGAAAAGAUUUUUCUAUUUUCCUUGCACAGAAUUCAAUACUUUCAAAUAAUAGAGAGAGGUGUGCUGAUGUAUUUGAAGAACUGUUGUGUAGACACAGCAAACGGUUUCAGACACUCUUCAUUGUGGUCAUUGGUGUGUUACUUUUUUAAAAAAUCAACUAGUAUCAGGGGUGACUAUGUAAGUAAAAAAAAUUUCAGUGAAAUUAACACUGUAAUAUGAUACUGUAAUCUAUGCCUUAAUACGAGGACCCUUCACACAAAUACGGGUACUGUUUUAUUUAGUAUUGUGAGUGUUUUUAUGAAUAAAUAACUAUAUGCAUAUGGUUUACUCUGGGUUUUUUCCCCCAAUAAAACUGCUUCCUUUA